AUGACAUCAGAGAUGGAGUAUGAAAGUGAUGAUACAGUUGUGGAAGACAAUGAAGGGGGAAAAACCCUGAGUGAUGUUGUAUCUAACAUUUGUGCUAAAUUACUGGACGAGGAAGAAACCAAUGAGAAAUCUAAAAGCAGCAAACAAAGUAAAGAGGCAUCCAAUAAAAAGUCCACAAACAAGUCAAAAGCUAAGAAAGGAAGGAAAGCCAAUCGAAAAGCUUCACACAAAACCCAAAUCAAGAAACAAACCAAUGAGAAAUCAAGAAACAAUAAAACAACCAAUGAGAAGUCAAGAAACAAGAAAACAAAAACAUCAAAAGCUAAAAAAUGUAGGGGUUGUCAGCAGGAAUUCAAUUCCAUUGUUGAACUCCGUCUUCAUCAGAAAUCGACAAAAUCCUGUCUAGAGAAGAAAUUUUUCUGUGACCUUUGUUCCUCAAGUUUUGUUACAAAGCAUGGUCUUCUGAAACAUGAGCGCAGUACCCACACAGUGGAUAAAGAAAUGAAGCGAAAAGAAUCCGACAAGGAUGGGGAAAAACUCCACGUCUGUGUUCAAUGUAACGAGGAGUUUACAACCAAGCAGGAGUUAUACGAACACCAGGUCAAACACAACAAGAAUUUAUUUGCCUGUAGGAAGUGUAAGGGGUUAUUUCCUGAUGAGAAAGCUUAUGAGAUACACAAGAAAAUCCAUGGUGAGGAUGAGCAAAAUGGAGAAGAGGAGAAUCUGAAUGAGACAUGUAUAAACUGUGAGAAACCAAUUCAAGGUGAAGAUAUGGGGGAGGUGGGCUCUCUGCUUUGUGAGGAAUGCUGUGGUAAUGAAUUCUCCUGUAAACAGUGCCAGCAGAGGUACAAGAUGUUCUACAUCCUUGCCAUGCAUGACUGUAGGAAAUCUUAUCCCAAGAACAUGGAGGAAAUUCUGGCUAUAGACUUUGAGAAACUGGAAGGCAACCUUCCAUGUAAUAUAUGCUAUAAACGGUUCAAGAGUAAAAAGAAUCUCUGUGCGCAUUAUAAGACGCAUUAUAGUGAUACAAGGUUCCAGUGUAAUAUUUGCUUUAAAUAUUAUAAGGACAGUAGUAAACUUAAGAAGCACAAGCGAUUUGCUCACAGUGAAGAUCGAGAGUAUAUGUGUUCACUAUGUGGGAAAUGUUUUAAAGAGAAUACAACCUUGCUGAGACAUUUAAAAAUCUGCAACAAUGAAAAUCGCGAUUUCAUGUGCUCUACGUGCGGAAAAACUUUUAAAGAGAAUGGGACACUUGGCAAGCACAUGAAGAUUUGCAAUGCAGAAAGGGUGCCUUACGCGAAAAAAAACAAGGAACCAAACCCUGAAGAACUGAUCUGCAAGAAUUGUUCCCAAAGUUUUCAUUCAGAAAGGACGUAUCUCAAACACAGUUGUGAAGGUCAAGGUAUAGAACAAAGUAUUAAUGGAGAGGACGGAGGGACAAAGUCUGGGGCUUGUAAGAACUGUGAAAGAGUUACAGAACAGUGCAACCAGCAGGCACUGUGUAGACAGUGUGCCGGUAACAAGUUUGUGUGCUCCCAGUGCAAGCAGGCGUACAGCAUGUUCUAUCUCCUAUCCAUGCACAACUGUCAGAGAACGUUCAAGGAAAACCUCCAGUGGAUAAGAAAAGUCGACUUCAAUAAGCCUAACCUUGAGUUGCCGUGUAAUAUAUGCAAAAAGGUGUAUAAAAACAAGAAAAACUUGUGUUCCCACUAUAAAAUUCACUUCAAUGUUGAACGAAUCCAGUGCGAUAUUUGUGAACAGACGUUUAAACAUCAAAACAGCUUGCAUAAACACAAAAGAUUUGUACAUAGCAACAUUCGUGAUUAUGUUUGUGAUAUUUGCGGAAAAGCAUUCAAGCAGAGCGAUACGUUGAACACACACAGGAAGUUACACACGCAUGAGAAAACGAAGGCUUACCAGUGUGAAGUUUGUGGGAAAUAUCUCUCGGGAAGCACCGCCCUCACUGUCCACAUGAAUAUUCAUUCAGGAGCCAUGCCAUAUGUGUGUGAGAUUUGUGGGCGGUCCUUCAGACAGUAUGGAAAUCUACAAAAACACAAGAUCACUCAUGGAACAUAUAAAACCUACCAGUGCCAUGUCUGUCAAAAAGCAUUCAAGCAUUCAGAGACAUACAAAAUCCACAUGAAGGGUCACGUCUUGGAGGGUAAACUGAAUGACAAUAAAUACGGCAAAAUCUACACCUGCUCUUACUGCAACAAGAAAAUGCCAUCGGCCUCGCAAUACACAGUUCAUCUACGCACCCACACGAACGAGAGACCAUUCCAAUGUCAGCUCUGCUCCAAAGCCUUCAAAGAACACGGCAAACUGAAGAGACACAUGAAGACACACAUUGAGGAUAACCUGGUGCCGCGACAUAGAAAAGCAGCCAAACCCCCUCCCCCAGUCAGUGGGGGGUAUGCAAUGGAACAGGACUUAGGGUACCAGCCCAACGGUGACCCCAGCUCUAUGCUCACGGCAGUGACCGUUUCUUUCCCCAAUGAUGUGGGGGGACAUAUACCACAGACCAUAGCCAUCCCCAUUACAGAUUCCUCAGGAAAUUAUCCCCCACAGCAGGUUCCCCAGUUCUCAGAGGAGGGGGCAAUCAUUGGUAUAGGUAAUGAAAACUAUAGGGAGAGAUACCUUCCACUAGAGUGAUUUUGGGGGAAAAAAUUAGUAUAUUGUAGAGAAUGCUUAUAGGGACAUUAUGUAAACCAGUGGAAUAUUUUAAUCUUCAUUUAAAUUUUCUGUCCAGAACUGACAACCCUUACAAUUUUGUCUUAUGGUUUGAACGUUUUAAAUACAUGCUUGCCUUACGAUUUAUCUAUUUAGUCAUCAAUAGUUUGAAAAACCAGUAUUUUCAUAGCUCUCCACCAUCAGUUUUCACUAUUAUGAUAAAAAAGUCCAUUACUUACAGAGAAUACUUGUAUUGUCAUGGUCCAGUACUGUGCUAACUUGCGAUCUAAAUCACCUUAAAAAAAUCAGAAUUAAAAUAUCUAGGGCCAGGUGGCUAAGUGGCCUCAUUAUGGUUUUUCAUUUUAUUAUGUUGGCAGCUCUGACUUUCUAUUCAUGUUCCUUACAUUUCAUUCAUUAUCAUGAUUAUAAAUGAAUUUUGAUCCUAAUUAUAUUGUAUUACCUGUAUUAUGUGGACAAAAGUCAAAGUAAUGAUAAAACAUUUUCUUGAAAUCAUGUAUUUGUGAUACUGUGCCUUUUAAAUACUUCUCUGAAAAUUACAGUGUAACCUAUAUUAUUGUUUUUACAUGCACAUUAUU